UGUGAACUUUCCCCUGUCACGUGAUAUCAAAAUUUGUCGUGAUGGCGCCGAAACGCUCAACUGUUUCCACAUCCGCCCCGUAAAGUAUGUUGUUUACGGUGUCUCCUCGUUUUAUGCCCAUUGAGUACAUGUCUGUACGCGUUGCGCUAUAACGUGUUUGACCUGUGGUCUUAUUACUCUAAACGUCUAUGUGUGGAGUCAUGAGUGUGUUGGAGGUGAAGUUUAUCGGGGACGGGGAUGUUCUGGAGCACAUCGUGGACAAACAGGAGGAGGUGCAAAGCGGUGCUGGCACUAUUCAGAGGAUGGUCACGUGCAAGAGAUCAGCGGGACGGCGAGCCGGAGAGGAACCAGAAGGGAAGGAAGCGCUUGAAAGCAGCGUCCUUGAUGAGCAGAACUAUGUUCAAGCUUUUUGUGGGGACAGCACAGAAGAUGACGAUGGUAUGUCCAGAGUUGCAGGAGCAUCCAUUUUCACUUUUCAGAAAACCAAACGGGGCCGCAGCAUGGUGCAGACCGCCAGUGAGCUGGCACACACCCCGGGGAAAAGUGUGAGCUUCAGCACAACUCCCAACAUCGAGCCCUCCACUCCCAAUCGGGCAGGCCGCGACAAACAAAAGCAAACACCCCAGCGGCGCAAAAGGGUGCAGUUUGUCUCCACGACACCCCACAGGCUGAGGAAGAGAAUGCCAACACCCAGCCUCCGAUCAGACAGCGAGUAUUCACCCUCUGACUCUGGGGACGAAGAGGAUGAGGAUGACGUCGCGGUGGACGAAGAACAGAGAGUAAAGAAAGACGAUGGAAAGAGCGAGACCCCAAGAACACCGAGUAAAGGUUUAUCCGCAGCGCUCUACAAGACCCCCGCCAAAAAGAGCAAGAACGCUCCUGAACCUGCCAACCAGCCCACCUUGGUCGAGGAGUAUUUUGAGGCCCAUGGCAGCUCCAAAGUCUUAACGUCAGACCGCACGCUUGAUCGUUUACACGCCCCUAAAUUGGACAGGGAAACCCUUAUUCAGCUUUUAGAAGGAAAACCAUCCUGCUGCGCUAGAGAGAUGCACAACCUCAACAACAAACACAAAAAGCACUUUAGCAAAUGGAUGCUGCAGUUACAGUUGGGAUUUAGUGUCCUGCUCUACGGUUUGGGCAGCAAGAAAGAUCUGCUGGAGGAAUUUCGUUUUUCUCACUUGUCUCAAGAGAUGCACCUGGUGGUUAAUGGCUUCUUCCCCUCCAUCACACUGAAAUCGAUCUUGAACACUUUAACAUGUGAGGUUCUUGAGCACCACGGGAGUUUCCGAACACCCUGUGACCAGAUCCAGUACAUCUCCCAAACCCUUAAAGACAGACCAGCUCUUCAUGUCUAUGUGUUGAUCAAUAAUAUUGAUGGACCGAUGCUGCGAGGAGAGAAGACCCAGAGUGCCCUGGGGCAGCUGGCAUCCCUGCCCAACCUUCACUUGGUGGCUACCAUUGACCACAUUAACGCUCCUCUUGUGUGGGACCAGUUUAAACAGAGCCAGUUUAACUGGUUGUGGUGGGAAUGUGUGACAUUUAAGCACUACACAGAGGAGACAUCGUAUGAAAACUCUCUGCUGGUGCAACAAACGGCGGCUCUGGCUCUGUCUUCCCUGACACACGUUCUCCGCAGCUUGACCCCAAAUGCACGAGGAAUUUUCAAACUGCUGGUGAAAUUUCAGCUGGAAAACAAAGACAAUCCUUCAUACACAGGAUUGUCAUUCCACGAUUUUUACCAGCGUUGUCGCGAGUCGUUCUUGGUGAACUCUGACCUCACUCUGAGGACUCAACUGACCGAGUUCAGAGACCACAAACUGAUCCGGACACGCAAGGGUGCAGAUGGCGUGGAGUACCUGACGGUCGCCGUGAAUGCAAACACACUAUUGGACUACUUGGAGAAUGAGGAGGCUGACUGAAAAGAUCACUAAAUUGAAUUCUUCCAGCUCACAAAAAAAAAAAAAAACGGCGUGUCUAAUAUCAGUUACAUACCCCUCAGUACAUAUCAAUUUAAUACAGUCAAAUGACAUUUUGAUGGUCAAAAUGAUUGACUGUUUGCCCCAUUCUUCCCUUGUUAUUCACAGAAAGUAUGAGCAGCAUUAAUAAAAUCAACAAUGUGAA